UUUGACUUCUUAGACACACUACAACCGAUCACUAAAGAGGUGUUACACAACAAUUUGGUACUGCUAUGAAGCAAGAAGGCGGGGAAGUUGCUGGCUUGAUAGCCACGAUACAGUCAAAUCUUAGCGAGGAUGUGGUCAAAAGUAUCAAUGGAGUUUUCGAGUUCAAGCUCAAUGGAAAAGAACCGGGAACGUGGUAUUUAGACCUCAAAAAUGGCAAAGGGGAUGUAGGGGCUGGCUCAUUUCCAAAGGGAAAACCACAUUGCACAUUGACUCUCAAGUCGGAGGAUUUUGUCAAAAUGUUCAAGGGCGAGCUGAACCCCACGCAAGCCUUCAUGGCGGGAAAACUAAAGAUGAAGGGAAACAUGAUGAUUGCUAUGAAACUAGAGAAACUCAUGGGCAAAUUCAAAUCCAAAUUAUAGAUAUAGACAAAUUGUGUUUCAAACACGCUACGAUUUAAUUGCACGCAAGAAAACAUUGUCCGCACCUGAUUCUUGACACUCGUGGUUUUGUGAAUUAAUUAAAUAAAGUGGAUGAUGUGCGAUAAGGAGUGGGUUUUUUUUUUCUACUUUAUUUUUUUCUGUGUAGUGAAAAAAAAAAUUGUUUUUUAGUUUACCAUAAAUGGUCUAAAAUCUACUCAUAUUUUCCUUUCAGCCGUGUAACAUCAUGUAAUUUUUGUUUAUUUUUUGAUUGAAUAGAUAAAUCACUAUGGAUUAGGUUUGCCUAGAAGUAAGUUAGUACUUUGGCAUUCAUCAAUAAAAGCACUUUCAAAACAUCAA